CUGCACUGGGGAGCCCGCUCCCGAGCGCCCUGGACGGAUGGGGCUGCGGGCGCUGGAGGCGCGAGGGGCGACUUUGUCCCUUCUCCGUCCGCCCUCCUCUCCCGGCCAAGGUCCGGCAGUGACAGGCGAGGACCCUGAGCAGGGACGGGGGCACAGGCGCCCCGAAACAAAGCUUUGGACACCCCCACCCCCCUUGGAACUGAGAUUCCAGAUGGCGAAUUCUAUGAAUGGCAGAAACCCUGGUGGUCGUGGAGGAAACCCCCGAAAAGGACGCAUUUUGGGCAUUAUUGAUGCUAUUCAAGAUGCAGUUGGACCCCCUAAGCAAGCAGCAGCAGAUCGCAGAACUGUGGAGAAAACUUGGAAACUCAUGGACAAAGUGGUCAGACUGUGCCAAAAUCCCAAACUUCAGUUGAAAAAUAGCCCACCAUAUAUACUUGAUAUUUUACCUGAUACAUAUCAGCAUUUGCGACUUAUAUUGAGUAAAUAUGAUGACAACCAGAAACUUGCCCAACUCAGUGAGAAUGAAUAUUUUAAAAUCUACAUUGAUAGUCUAAUGAAAAAGUCAAAACGGGCCAUAAGACUCUUUAAAGAAGGCAAGGAGAGGAUGUACGAGGAGCAGUCACAGGACAGGCGAAAUCUCACAAAACUGUCCCUUAUCUUCAGUCACAUGCUGGCAGAAAUCAAAGCAAUCUUUCCCAAUGGGCAAUUCCAAGGAGAUAAUUUUCGUAUCACGAAAGCAGAUGCUGCUGAAUUCUGGAGAAAGUUUUUUGGAGACAAAACUAUCGUGCCAUGGAAAGUAUUCAGACAGUGCCUUCAUGAGGUCCAUCAAAUUAGCUCUGGCCUGGAAGCAAUGGCUCUAAAAUCAACAAUUGAUUUAACGUGUAAUGAUUAUAUUUCAGUUUUUGAAUUUGAUAUUUUUACCAGGCUAUUUCAGCCUUGGGGUUCUAUUUUACGGAAUUGGAAUUUCUUAGCUGUAACACAUCCGGGUUACAUGGCAUUUCUCACGUAUGAUGAAGUUAAGGCACGACUGCAGAAAUACAGCACCAAACCUGGAAGCUACAUUUUCCGGUUAAGCUGCACUAGGUUGGGACAGUGGGCCAUCGGCUAUGUGACAGGGGAUGGCAAUAUCUUACAGACCAUACCUCAUAACAAGCCCUUAUUUCAAGCACUGAUUGAUGGCAGCAGAGAAGGAUUCUACCUUUAUCCUGAUGGGAGAAGUUACAAUCCUGAUUUAACUGGAUUAUGUGAACCUACACCACACGAUCAUAUAAAAGUUACACAGGAACAAUAUGAAUUAUAUUGUGAAAUGGGCUCCACUUUCCAGCUCUGUAAAAUUUGUGCUGAGAACGACAAAGAUGUCAAGAUUGAGCCCUGUGGGCAUUUGAUGUGCACCUCUUGCCUUACAGCAUGGCAGGAGUCAGAUGGCCAGGGCUGCCCCUUCUGUCGCUGUGAAAUAAAAGGAACGGAGCCCAUAAUUGUGGACCCCUUUGAUCCAAGAGACGAAGGCUCCCGGUGCUGCGGCAUUAUGGACCCCUUUGGAAUGCCGAUGCUCGACUUGGAUGAUGACGAUGACCGAGAGGAGUCCUUGAUGAUGAAUCGGUUGGCAAAUGUUCGAAAGUGUGCUGACAGGCAGAAUUCACCGGUCACCUCACCAGGGUCAUCUCCCCUUGCACAGAGAAGAAAGCCCCAACAGGACCCUCUGCAGAUCCCACAUCUUAGCCUGCCGCCUGUGCCUCCCCGCCUGGAUCUGAUUCAGAAAGGCAUCGUUCGUUCUCCCUGUGGCAGCCCAACUGGUUCGCCAAAGUCUUCUCCUUGCAUGGUGAGAAAACAAGAUAAACCACUCCCAGCACCACCUCCUCCCUUAAGAGAUCCUCCCCCGCCUCCACCUGAGAGACCUCCCCCUAUCCCACCUGAUAACAGACUGAGUCGCCACUUGCAUCCUGUGGAGAGUGUGCCUUCCAGAGACCAGCCAAUGCCUCUUGAAGCCUGGUGCCCUCGGGAUGUAUUUGGGACUAAUCAGUCAGCAGGCUGCCGACUGGUAGGAGAUAGCUCUCCAAAGCCUGGAGUCACAGCAAGCUCAAAUGUAAAUGGAAGGCACAGUAGAAUGGGCUCUGACCCAGUGCUAAUGAGGAAACACAGACGCCAUGAUUUGCCUUUAGAAGGAGCCAAGGUCUUUUCCAAUGGUCACCUAGGAAGUGAAGAGUAUGAUGUUCCUCCUCGGCUUUCUCCUCCUCCUCCAGCUACUACCCUCCUCCCUAGCAUCAAGUGUACUGGUCCAUUAGCAAAUUGUCUUUCAGAGAAAACAAGAGACCCAGUAGAGGAAGAUGAUGAUGAAUAUAAGAUUCCUUCAUCCCAUCCUGUUUCCCUGAAUUCACAGCCAUCUCAUUGUCAUAAUGUAAAACCUCCUCUUAGGUCUUAUGAUAAUGGUCAUUGUAUAUUGAAUGGAACACAUGGUACAUCUUCAGAGAUGAAGAGAUCAAACAUGCCUGAGUUAGGCAUAUAUAUAAAGGGAGAUGUUUUUGAUUCAGCCUCUGAUCCAGUGCCAUUACCACCUGCCAGGCCUCCAACUCGGGACAAUCCAAAGCAUGGUUCUUCACUCAACAGGACGCCCUCUGAUUAUGAUCUUCUCAUCCCUCCAUUAGGUGAAGGUGCUUUUGAUGCCCUCCCCCCUUCCCUCCCACCUCCUCCACCUCCUGCAAGGCAUAGUCUCAUCGAACAUUCAAAACCUUCUGGCUCCAGUAGCCGGCCAUCCUCAGGACAAGACCUUUUCCUUCUCCCUUCAGAUCCCUUUUUUGACCCAGCAAGUGGUCAAGUUCCUUUGCCUCCUGCUAGGAGAUUGCCAGGUGAAAAUGUCAAAUCCAACAGAACAUCCCAGGAUUACGAUCAGCUUCCGUCCUCUUCAGAUGGUUCACAAGCACCAGCCAGACCUCCUAAACCACGACCCCGAAGGACUGCACCAGAAAUCCACCACAGAAAACCCCACGGGCCCGAGGCAGCAUUGGAAAAUGUCGAUGCAAAAAUUGCAAAACUAAUGGGAGAGGGUUAUGCAUUUGAAGAGGUGAAGAGAGCCUUAGAGAUAGCGCAGAAUAAUGUUGAAGUGGCCCGUAGCAUCCUCCGGGAAUUUGCCUUCCCCCCUCCAGUCUCCCCACGUCUGAAUCUAUAGCAGCCAGGACUGUCACCAUCCUCAUGUCAAGCAAUUGGUGCAUAUUCCAGGAGCAUGGAAAGGAGAGACGUGCAGUGGAAUUGGAGAAGGAAGGUGUCUCCUCUUCACGUGGCUUCUUGAAGGGCCUAGAAGAGCUGCUUCUCCGAAGACAGCUGCUUGCUCAGGAUGGCCACAGCUGCGGCUUCUUUAUUUUUGCAGCCAUACUUUUAAAUCAGGGUUGAACUGACAAAAAAAUAAUUUAAAGACGUUUACUUCCCUUGAACUUUGAAUCUGUGAAAUGCUUUUCCUUGUUUACAAGUUGUCGAAGUUGCAGUUUGUUUUUAGUUUUGUUUUUUUUAUACUUGUACUGUGUUCUUGACGGACCCUUUGUUGAGCGGUCAGGUCUGCUGUAACAUUUCCCACCAACUCCCUUGCUGUCCACACCAAACAACUAAGUCACAUAUUCACUUUGGUUUAUCCCCUCAGACCUCAUCCCCACCAACUGCAUCUCUCCAUUUACAAGAUGCUUUAAAGGUUCUGAUUUUCAACAUAUCAAACUAAUGCAAAAAAAAAAAAGUGUGUGGCCUUCACUACUGAGUCUUCUUUUGGAAACCAUUGUUGUGAGAUGGGGAAAAUCUGAAUGUAUAAAGCAUUUUUUUUGCCAGUGAACUGCCUUUUAUAAAGUGUUUUCAUAUAACAUAGAGGAGCUUCCCUUUUUAGUCUAAGUUUUGGGAUCUUAAUCUUCUUUAUUCUCAUCUUUGUCAUCCCAAGGGUGUCACGACUGUAAAAACCUGAACUAUUUGAAAGCAACUACCUGCAGAGGUGGGGGAAAUACUCUCACACAUGACAAUGUGUAUAGAACUUGUAUAAUGAAGUCCCCUGAUAUGUAUGCCUGAAUCACUGUGAGGCAUGCUGUCUCCCCAAAAUACGCUCAUGACUUUCAGGUAAAAUUAUGGUCAUACCUCUCCCAAGUAGAGUCAAGGUCAUUUCUUAUUUGAGUGAUUACACUCUGGUACCUAACAGGUUUAGGAUCCAGUUCAUUUUGCAGUGGAAACAUUAAAUAUUUGAUGCACUGUUAAGUGCUAAUGCUACUGUGGCAAAUUUUUUGUUUUAUUUUGUAUUUUGGUUUUGUGUUUUUUUGGUUUUUUUGCAAAAUUCUUAGUAAUUUUCUCUUUGCAAUCAAAUUACAAUUCGUAUUAAAUUAGUAAAUUCAUUCAUUGCUUCACAGUGCUCCAUCCAGUCAGGUGAAAGAAAUGUAUAGUUUUGCCUUUUUUUUUUUGCAAUAUGGAGGUUGGUUCUUCAGAAACCGUGUUGAUCCUUUUAAUAACGCUACAAAUAUUUAUUGUGCAUCUGUGAUGCCAUCAGCACUGUUUUUAAAGCACAAACUGUUGCAAGCUGAUUUCAGUUUGAUUCUUUAUCUGCGCUUUUGAUGGUAAAAGUCUCUCUAAUGGACAAAGCCUAGAAGGUUUCCAUCAAAGCUUCAGAAUUUUCAGGCAAUCUGCUUUUUUAUUCUUUCCUAAUGACAAGUUAGUGGAGAAAUGAGACAAAACCAAGUCUGUGUAAAGUAUCUGAACCACAGAAGGUGUUCUAAAUACAGACUAAUUGCAGGAUUGUGCAUGCUUCUCCCACUCCGUAACUUGACACACAGUGCGAUGUAAAAAGAUGCAUCGGAUGGUGAGCUGCUCUUCAGGACGUGAAAGGACCAAACAUCUAGCAGGUCCCAUGGAAAGUAAUGCUGUUCAAGACGUGUAGUGACCUGGAGGGGAACUGAUGCGCUCCUUGCAAAGUGACACCUGCCCUCACCUGACACUUUCACUGUCCUGAUGUGAGGUCCUUGAGGAAUCACACGCCUUGGAUAGUUUGUGCUUGUGUUUUAAUUUCUUCAGGUGAUUCUGAGCCGAUAGAUGUCCCUGGAAGGGGAUUUUUAAUUUGCCUUAGAUAUUCUUCCUGUGAGUUUGGUAUAUGACUGCAGUUUUCUUACACUUUUAAAAAUUAUAUUGGCUAAUUCUCUAUUGCUUUAUGAACUCCAUGUUAUGUCAUCAUGGUUUUUCAGUUAUUUCAUCAGUUUUGGAUGUCACAUGGGACUAGCACUGUAUUUUGGGCUUUAUGACUUGCUGAUCAUAGGUACAGUUUAAAAUCUAAAAGUUGCCACUUUAUUGUGAUAACAUUGUUAUGACAGUCUUAAUAGAUUAGGGAAUGAUACAAAAUACAAAUGUUAGAAAAGAGUACAUUCUCAAAUAAUGUGAAUAAUGUGAACAUUUCAAGUGAGAAUUAGAAAAAAAGGAGACUUAUGGAAAUAUAGUAAAUUAGACUGGAAAUUUUUUUAAAAAAUCUAUUUUACUAACUUCCACCAAAAUCUCUACAUCUUAUACUCAAUAGUAACCAUUGGUUUGUCAUUAAAAAGAAUGAAUCAAAAACUUGUACAGAUUGGAAUGAAAAGACAAAACUUUCUAUCAAAAACUGUCAUGAAAAGCCCAUUGCUACCUAUUACUUAUGACUUAUCAAACUCCAAGAAAAAUUUUGAGGAAAGAAUUAAACCCAAAUAUUUUUAAUUAUAAAGUGAUUGCCCAUUAAUGGUUGAUAAUGAUCCCAACUUGGUUUUACUGUGAUCCAAAAAGUUAGGCAUUCCUCACAUUUCUCCAAGACUUGGUAGUAUGAUUAAUUUUUUUAGCUGGUAUGCUAUAUUAUCCCUAAUAUUUAAAACAAAUCAUGGACAGCAUUAACCUGCUCUCCCCCAUCCCCCAACAUGUUCUAGGGGUAAAAGUAUUUAUCCUCAAUGGUAGUCAAGUAUAUUAAUUUCCAUAAAUUUAUUUCCCCACAAUGUCUGUCAUAUCCUGGCCAGAUUUUCUGAAAUUGAAUCAGAGCAGUGCUUCUUUCCACAAAGAUGACCUUGGCCACAUUGCAAAUAGUCUUAAUAUAGACUCCCAGUUGCAACUUCAAAGGGCCAAUUUUUAAACAUUUCACACACAAGAACACAACGAUUCUUCAUAAUGUGAAUUUCCUUUGUAGUUUCAGAAGUAUUCCUACAGUUUGGACAUUAUGAUUCCUCCCCAAUUUUCAACUGAAAGCUUUAAUUUGCACUGAAUUAUAAUUCUGUUUAAAAUUCUCAUUAUUUCUCUUAAGCUGACAGAUUUGGAAGCAAAUUAUGGCAUGUUUUCAACAAUACAGGUACUACCUGUUAACCCGGAAUUUUAGUGCUUCUAGGAAAAGUUUCCAGAAAAAGCAAUAGAAUGAAGGGUUUUCUUCCCAAUUACUAUUUUAUUUUUUAAAUGCCUUUUUAAAAAAUUUGUCUAAUGUGGCAAAAUAGUUAUGUGUUCAAUUAAUUUAUAUUUUAUUCAUCCUUUUUCAAUUCUGGUUAUUAUGUAAACUCAAGUACUUUAUCUGUUCUUUUAAGGUAUUUUAUAAAAUUAAUGUUAACUAAA